AUGAAUGAUUCUUAUAAAACUAAUACAAUAAUUUGUCUAAAUAAUGAAGAUUUACUAAAUGGUAAACCUGGAGAAUGCGUUAAAUUAACUUCAGAAGAAUAUAAAAUGCUCCAACAAAUAGGUUGUCAACUACCUAUCAAAUUUCCAUUAAGUCAAACUAAUGAAAAAGCAAUACGUACUGUCAGACGAAAAAUUCGUAAUAAACUCUCUGCUCAAGCUAGUCGUGCCAAACGUCAAAGGUAUGUAAUUGACUUGGAACGUCGGUAUUCUAUGUGUACUGAAGAAAUCAAACAAUUACGUCGACAAGUAUAUGAAUUGGAGGAAGAUAAACGGAGUCUUACAAUACAUCUACGCAAAUUACGGUCUUAUAUCAAUAAAUUCAUGAAUAAACGAAGUGAAAAGUCCUAUUUACCACUAUUCGUGAACUCCAACAAUACUGGAUUUAAUCAUAAUAAUAAUAAGGUGACUGCUAAACAAGCCGCUAAAGCGGCAGCCGGUGGGACUAGUCUCUUGUUAAUGACGUUUAUGAUAUUGAUGUGGACUGCUGUAGUUCCAAUACCGUCGGUCAUAAAAACGUUAGAUACUGCAUCAUCGAUGUCUACAAGAAAUUUUUUCAGUUCAUUUCCAGGUCGGUCUCGAAUGUUGAUGAGUAUUAACAACCCUCCAGAAUUGUAUUCUUCCUCCUCCUCGUCUUCUCAAGACCUAAUUCUUAAUGAAUCAAAAACAACUUUAUCCAAUCCGGAUAUUACACCUGAGAAUACAAUUCAAUAUAUUGUUCCGAUUAGUAAGUUUAUUACACCAGUGAUUACUGAACAAUAA